CGUUUCCCGGCGAUGUGGAUAGCGAGAUCCAGAGCAGGACCCACAGGAGCCACAUCGCAGUAUCCCAAUUAAGAUCAAUCGGGCAGAUCUCAUUCGCAUCCGACUACUCAAUCCCUCAGUCGUCAAUGAUCAAGAUGCAGAUUGGGAAACCUCAGACCUGAUGGGGCUAGUCGAAGUCAAUCAUCGGACAUGCCGUGCAUAUGCCCCUUUCCAGCAGUUUCCGACCCGACGGAGCAGCGUGACGUGCACGUAUUGUCAUCCUCAAAACAAUGGUCAGCCCUGGGUAUGACGCAGCUCAACAUCUUUUCAGAAAAAGUCCAAUGGCUGUCGUAGUCCUAAACACACAUCUCGCUGUGAGAAUUUCGACGUCCGGCACAUCAUUAUGUUGUUCAGUGGCAUCUCCAUCCUGUACCUCUUGCUGGCCGGCGUGCUCUACCUGGCCACAAGACUCGCUCUGCUAAAGCGGCACAAUGCCCGUGAGGCGGCAGUGCGAGGAUGUCUUCCUCCACCCAGCCCACCCGACCGCGGUCUGUGGGGAAUCAAAUCACUGAGAGCAAGCCUCAAAGCCACCAAAGACGGCUGGGGUCCCAUAUGGAUGCAUCAAACGUUCAAUUCUAUUGGAAAGGGCGUCCAUACAAUGCGGGCCCAGGUUCUGGACUACGAACUACUCAUCACCCGAGAUGCGGAGAACAUCAAAGCGAUGUUCAACACGCAGAGUGCCGAUUUCGACAUUGGUCCGCAUCGGGAGAGGACGUUCAAAUCACUCCUCGGUCUCGGCGUCAUGACGAAUCGAGGUGUAGACUGGAAGCAUUCGCGAGAACUCAUUCGACCGCAGUUCGCCCGUGACAACAUUGCGAACUUGGCCAUGUUUGAGACGCAUGUGCAGUCUUUGGUCAAGCGCUUGAGAGUUGAUGCAGGAGAGUGGACAGCGAAGGUUGAUUUACAGCCUUUGUUCCAGAAUCUGACACUGGAUACGAGUACAGAGUUCCUGUACGGUCAUUCAGCAUCCACGCAAGAUCCUGAGCAACGAGCCAGACUCCCAACCCUUGAAGGCCGGAAGGCGCCAGAUUUAUCAAAUUUUGGCCAUCACUUGGACGAGGCGAAACACGUACUCGAUCGACAGGGCGCUCUGGCAAAGUACAGCUGGCUUGUAAGAGAUGGUACAUAUUCAACCCAUCGUCAGGCGGUGCAUGACUUCGUCGACUACUUUGUGCACAUGGUGCUGAGCCAGACGGAACAAGACAGCAAGAUGGAGACAUCCGACAUCAUGCGGGACAAGGUGGUGCUGCUCCGCGAGCUGAUGAAAGCCACUCGCGACCCAUUGACGCUGCGAAACGAGACCCUCAACGUCUUACACGCCUCUCGUGACACCACCGCAGCGCUGAUAGGAUGGAUGUUCUACUUCUUCGCCCGACGCGAAGACGUCUUCACCAAAGCUCGAGAGGAAGUAUCGGAGAGGUUCGCAGGAAAGGAGGCCGGCGAACUCACCUCCUCCGAUUUGUGGAGCCUCUCCUACCUACCUCUCGUCGUCAACGAGACCAUUCGCUUUGUCGGCAUCGUGCCGAUGAACGAGCGAGCUGCCGUGAGAGACACAACGCUGCCACGCGGUGGCGGCCCAGAUGGCCGGUUCUCCGUCUUCGUCCCCAAGGGCGCACAAGUCCUCAUUCCAACUUAUUCUCUGCAGCACCGCGAGGACCUCUGGGGCGCAGACGUCGAAGAGUACAAGCCAGAGAGAUGGGAAUCACGCAAAUCAGGCUGGGACUUUGUGCCCUUUGGCGGCGGGGCACGCCAAUGCAUAGGACGUGAGUUGCACUUUUUCGACCCGCUUGAUCCACCCAUACACUAACACUGGUGAAGAGCAAUUUGCCCGUACACAAGUCUUGUACGUUGUCGUCCGGCUCUUGCAGAUCUUUGAUGACAUUGAGAAUUUGGAGCCGCCGGAUGCUCCUAUGACGAUGCAUCACACAAUCGAGAAUAGGCCGGGCAAUGGAGUGCAGGUUAAAUUGCGCUUCGCGGACAAGGGUGCAAUCUCUUGAGGUUGAAUGUUUCGAGGUAUUCGGAGGGCGGUGCAGUGCAACCGAUAGAUGUGGUAGUAACCUCGAGACUACGUUCGCGAAAUACGCGGCAGCGUUGCAAUGAUUCGUGAAUCUGCGUGCGGCCAUACCUAGCAGAACUCCAAACAAAUUAGUCUGCUUGUGAGCCCGAUCGUUUGGCCAGACACCGUAGGGCAUCUCAUAGACGACAGUCAAUCACGCCCAGUGGGUCAAUCGACGUCACGCGUCUCAUAUCGUCGAUCAACAGAAAUUGCACAUGGCAUGCGCGAUGAUGUUAUUGGGG